CGGGUCGCUCGAUGGUGGCUUGGCGGCGUGCGAAGAACGCGGUCAAGCCGUUUGCGGCGUCUCUGGCGGGGCCGCACCUCUCGCGUCAGUACGUCCAUGUGACGCGCCGGUACCACGUUGUCGCGGGCUUUGCCUACGUCGUUUUCUCGCUCCUGACUGCUGCCUACUACCUCCAACUCCUCGCGCCGUCGCUGACCAACGUGCUGUUCUGGCCCGGCUUUAACCAAUCCGGGUACCAGGCCUACCUCAUUGACGCAGCGAACGCGGCGCUGACAACAGCCUCCAUGGCGGCGCCCGUCUCGAGUCCGCUCUCGAGUUAUGCGAUGCCGACCACAUACUAUGGAUCGUUGACACCGCCGAUGACGGCUUACUACGCCACGUACGCAAGGCGCAUCGCGCAGACGGAGCUCAUACCGCUAAAAGAGGCCAUUCCGAUGCUGCGCGCCAUGCACAUCGCCUACGCCAAAGGCGUGCGCACCCAGCAAUGCUGGGUGGACUGGCUCAAAACGUGGGAGGUCGCGCACACGCAUGCGCGGCAAGCCCGUUGCGUCGCCAAGUACGCAUCGAAUGGCGCUGUCUACUACGAGUCGGUGCUUCGGAACGUCAACGUCACGGCCUUCCUUGCCGCGUACGGAGGCGUCGGCAAUGAGUUCACCGUGGCCAUCCAAACGGCACUGGUGGCCACGACCGCCGGCCGUGCCUGGCUCGACAAAAUGACGACGUUGCGUCACGGCAGCGUCGAGGACGAGAUUGCCCAAUGGCGCGCACACGGCCUCGACGAGUACCGGCAUCUAUGGCACAACCAAUAUAGCACGGGUGUGGUUGAGAGCCUUGCGAUCGAGAAUGCACUUGGCAUGACCGAGGCCGUGAGUCUCAAGACGUCGCCAUCAACCCGCGGUCCAUGGACCAGUGUCAUCUUGUACUGGCUGCCCGCGAAUGACUGGUCGACGGUCCAAGGGCUCAACAUGAGUCUCGUGCGGGGUGCGAUCAACGAUUUUCGACGCACUAAUGCGUUUGAAGACUUUCUUGGUGUUCAAAACAAUGGCUCGUCGUUCAUCAACCAGACUGGCCUCGUGCACCAUGGCAUUGGACCGUUUCUCUCGAUCGAUCCGUGGCUGCUGCCCGUGCCGCCGUCGCUUCUCGCGCUGCAUACGACGCUCGCUGCAUCGUUGCGAGCGCAUUUCGGUACAUCGACCAGCGCUGCCGCCUUUGAGAAUCUCGCGGCCACAUCCAUCGCGCUGCAUGUCCCGUCCUGGGACGCGUCGUACACGUACUACGGCGGCAACCCCCUCUGCCUCUACAAUAGCCCGUCAGCCCAUCCGCAGGCAUCGCUCAGCUUUGAAGACGCUUGCGACGGCAGCGCUUCGUUGCUGACGCUGACACUGGCGCCGCUCCCUCUUCUGUACACGCUACUGGUCGUGAACGGAUCGGUGCCUGACGCUGCAUCGUUCUGUGCUGGCAACGCCGGUUGCGCGACGCUUCUCGAUGCAGCAGCGCAUGUGGUUCCUGCGCUACUCUCGCCGAUGCGUGACGACGUCGUGUCGGCGAUGACGGAAGUGAUGCCCUUGACUGUCGGGUUUCUCCAGUUUGCGACCGACGCUCAGGAUGACUGGCAUCUCCUCUCUGCGCCGUUGAACGUGUCGCUCUCUGCGCCGAUGGCCUGGCGAUUUUCCAGCUGGCUCUUGCUCUUCGACUGGGUCCUCGGCGUGCGCGAGGUCGUGGCCUUGGAUGGCGACGCUGCGACGCGCGUCCUUCUCUCGAGUGAGAGCCCGCGCCUCUUGGUGCCGGCAGCGGCCGCCGCCGACCUCGGCAGCAUCCACAUUGGCAACCGCAUGGUCUGGUACCUCGCAGUCUACGCCAGCGGCAUCGCCCUCUUAGUUGCGCUUCUCUGCGCCGGGUUUGCCGCACAGAGCGCGCAUUGGCGCAUUGAGGGCCGGAAUCUCUAUUUCUUCAACCGGCUCACGGCGGCGACGUGGGUCGGCCGCCCACUCACGGUCCUUCGCGGCGGCACAGCGCUGCUGCUCUUGUCGACGGCGCCGUUCCCGCUGGAGCUCGUGGACGGCCAUACGUUCUUGCAGUGGCAGCCGCGGCCGCUCCUGCAUGUGUGCGUGCUCGCUGGCGAAGCGACGUGGCUCACGUACGUGGUGACCGACGUGCUCUGCGUCUCGAGCAGCGGCCGCGCGCCAGGCACCUUGGCGCUCCGAAGUACGGUGACGCUGUGCGUGUGGCUGACACUUGUCAUUCUGGACGUCGCCGCGCCCAUCGUGCCGACAAUGGGCUUCCAGCCCUCGUGCACGAGCACCGGCAUGGACCUCAUGCUCACGUGCACCAGCGGCACCCUCGCCAUCGGCGACAACCGCCGGUUCUUGACGCUCGGCGCGAUGUGCAUCGGUGGCGGUGUCAUCAGCGCGCUUGUCGCGGGCGCUUUGGAGGCAUACGACGCCGUCUUCCCGGGGCCGAGGAACCUCGUCGUCUCGGCGCUCGCUGCAUCGUGCUUGGAGACGAACCUUGUGCACGAGUACGAUGUCGUGGCGUGCGUUCUCUGCGGCGUCUUGCCUUGUGUCACGCGCCAAGAGCAUAUUUUGGAAAUGUUCCACCUCCGGCUCUGGAGCUGCACGCGCGUCGACACGUCGGUCGGGCUUCUCUCGGGCGUCGCGCCGCAGCGGACAAACAAUGCGGCGCUGUACCAACGGCGCUGGUGGCAGUGGCCACAUAAGUGGAAUCAACUCUUUGCGACUGCGAGUGUCGUGUACAUUGGUGCGUCGGUGGUCAGCGGUAUCUUGUACCUGGAUCUGACGCGCGUGAGCCUCGCCAACGACAUGUGCUGGGGCACCUUCAACAUGACGUCGACCCAUGUGUUCUUAGCCAACUGGAUCACACGAGAAAUACAGCUGUCGCCCAGCGCCACGAAUACCACGUCGAUGGUGCUCACACUGCCAUCCAUUGGCGCGAUCCAGAGCCCGCGCGCGUCCUCGAAAGGACCUGCGAUCCUCUCGGUGCCGGCCACGCUGGGCGCGACGCUGCAGUACACGGCACUGCGAUCCAUGUCGGCGGUCAUUGCGGGCUUUCGCAGCGCGCCCGCCGCCAGCGCGUGCGACUUUCCGUGGAUCUUUACGCAGUACUGUUUUCUGGACCUGAACCGCUCGUGGGAAAUGGCCAACUCGGCGGCCCGGCAAGCGCGCUGCUAUGCCCACAUGACGACCAACGGCGCCGUGUACCUCGAGCCGGUGCUGCGCAACCUCCAUCCCACGUGGCGCGACUGCUGGGGUGCAGCGUUCGAGAUUGGCUUUGCUGCCGAGCUCCAUAGAUCCCGUCGCGGCCAGUCCUGGCUCGCGUCGCUGGACGAGCCGCGUUUGUCGCUGGACGACGAAGCCGCCUACUGGAGCACCCACGGGCUGGUACACUAUACGACGCAGUGGCAAACCUUCAAAACUAUCGGCAUCUACAACGACUACGUCGUCGAGAACGCGCUGGGCAUGCGGUUUUCGUUUCCGAUCGCGACCACCAACCACUCGUUUGCGUGGGAUGUUGCCACGUCGCACAAGAUGUACUGGGCGCUCGCAAACGACUUGGCCGCGAUUGCACGCAACGACAGUGGCGUGGCCGGAUGUAGCUUGCUGCGAUCGAGCGCCUCGUACGCCUUUCGCAACGUGUCGAUGGCCGCUCUACUCACGCGCAACGGCACGCUCUUGUCGCCGCUGGAUGCCGGUUUGACCGCGGUGACGCAUCGGUUCGGGCCGUUUGGCUCGGUUGACAUGUUUUUUGUGGCGCCGCCGAGAGCACUCCUCGCCCUCUUCCACGACAGCCUCCGGCUCCUCCGCACGACCUUGGCGACGACGCCGGCGUCCCAGGCAGCGUACUUGGGCAUGACGGCCACGGGCAACGUCAUCGUUGUGCCGCGCUCAUGGCGGCGCACACAAAAUGUCUCGACCGUCGGCGGGUCCAUUCUCUGCCCGAGCAUUACGCCCAACUCGAUCUCGAGCGGAUGCGUCGCGUUCACAUCGCGGACAAGCUGCACGACGAUCAACUAUGCAAGCACCGUCAGCAAGGCACCAGAGUACCUCGUUUUGGCCGCCUUACUCUCGCGCGCGCUCGAGUUGGAUGUCCCACGACUCUGCGACGUCGUCACCAAUGGUCAGACCGACUGCCUCACCUACCUGGCGCGCGCGAUCGCCUUUACCGACACAUACUUGCGCAACGCAAGCCAUGGGAUACUCGCCGCCGCCGCUGCGGUCGCAGCCGACCUCGCGCUCUCCAACGUCUCGGUCGCUCAGCUUUUAAAGCCAAGCACUGGUUUGGCGCCCGUCACCGUCGUGACCGCGCCGAUUUUCGAGCCGACUGUGCUACCGUACUUUAGCUGGAUGUACGCCUACGACUGGGUCCUCGGGCUGCGGGACGUCGUCACGUUCGUCGGCGAUACGAAGAGCAGCAACCUCACGCUCCUGACGGAAAACACAGUCUACCAUACGCGCGCCGUCGACGCCAGCAUCUUGCCAACGACGAUCUCCACGUACGCGCGCGCCUGUGUUGUGUACGUCACGUGCGGCAUGCUGGCGAUGGCGCUGCUCGUGCUUCUCUACCUCGUGUACGCCCGCGGGCACGUCGAGGGCCUCAACCUCCUCUCGCUGCAGAGCGUCGGCGCGAUCGUGUGGCUCGGGCGACCAAUGCUGUUUGUGCGAAGCGUCUCGGCGCUCUGCCUUCUCUCGACAGCGACGCUAACCUUGGUUCAAAGCGGCGCCGUGAUCGCGUUUACGAGCACGGAGCACGAGCGACCGUGGUACGCGAUCCUUGUUGCGUCCAGCGAGGUGCUCUGGCUCGCGCUCAUCGUGAAUGACGUUGGCAUGGUCUGGACGCGCGCCAUGACGCCCAAGUAUGCAUCGCUGCACCGUGCGCUCGUCUACUGUAGCGCGACGCUGCUGACGCUUCUGGACCCGGUCCAACACGCUGUCUCGUUUGGCCUCCAGUGCCACCUCGCCCAAGUCGAUGCGCAAGUCGUGUGCAAUAGCGCCGUCAUUCAGAUGGGCGAUGCGCGCCGACUUUGGAGUCUCAUCUUGCUCGUGCUCUCGACCCAAGUGCUCAGUUAUGCGGCUAUCCGCGCCUCUUCCAAGGCCUCGCCGACGGUCUUGCCGAGCACGCGUGACGCCUUCUUCCUCUACGCGGGUGCACACUAUUUUUUCUGUCGCGCCAAGUGGACCGUCGACGGCGUCUACUACGUCGACCCGGCCUCGGCCGUGCUCAACGGCAACCUCGUGCUUUCGUGGCAACGAGUUCAGUACGUUCUCGACAUUAAGCUCUGGCGCAUCGCUGCGAUCGCGCCACCGUCCGAGGCAGCCGUGCCCCAACACCACCCGAUGCACGAGGCGGCACAGUAUGCGAUUCGACUCGGGGAGCAGUUCUAA